AUGGUGAGCUGGGCCAGUGUGAGGAUGCAAGGAGACAACAGGAAGCAGGAGCAUGCGGCUCAGGAGGAGCCGCAGGUGUUUGGACACCUGCUGAAGAGACCAAUGGAGACGUUUUUUGACAACCACCACCCGGCCCUGAAGUCCCCCAUCCUGGUCUCCGGUCCCCGCUGCGCCGCGGAGGACACCUUCAGCCGCCACUUCGAGAGCAUCAUGGAGUCUCACCGGGCCAAAGGCACGUCGUACAACAGCCUGGACAGCGAGGAGCUGCUGACCUCCAGCACCCAGACCGUGCUGACCUUUGACCUGCCCACGCUCACCCCUGCCAUCCACGGACCGGUCUGCCAGAGCGCCAGGCAGAUCGUGCAGCUCAGCUUCGCCCCGCUGGCCCACGACGAGAGGCCCAGCAUCUCCGAUUCCAUCUUCACCAUGACGGACGCCUCGGACGCCACGCGAGCCCCGUCCAGCGAGAGGCUGAGCAGCGGAUCGGAGAACACGCCGCCCAGAGGACGAGGGUGUUCGCAGCUGGGGAGCAGCUGGUACAGCAGCCCGUCCUUCUCAUUGCCCAGCAGAGACAAGGCCCGGCUGGCGACGGACUCUGAGCUGGACCAGGAGCUCAGCGAGCGGCUCGGUCUGGGCAGCAGCGACACGCUGACCAACGGCAGCCACCGGGCCGACGUGGCGGCGGCGCGCCGUCUGGCCAAGCGGCUCUUCAACCUGGACGGCUUCCGGAAGUCCGACGUGGCGCGCCACCUCAGCAAGAACAACGACUUCAGCCGCAUGGUAGCAGAGGAGUAUCUGAGUUUCUUCACCUUCACCGGCCUCUCCAUCGACCAGGCGCUGCGGACGUUCCUCCGUCAGUUCGCCCUGAUGGGGGAGACGCAGGAGAGGGAGCGCGUCCUGUCUCACUUCUCCAGGCGCUACCUGAAGUGCAACCCGAAGGCCAUGAAGUCAGAGGAUGCAGUUCACACUCUCACCUGUGCUCUGAUGCUGCUGAACACUGAUCUGCACGGCCAGAACAUCGGGAAGAAGAUGUCAUGCACGCAGUUCAUCGGCAACCUGGAAGGACUGAACGCCGGCCAAGAUUACCACAAGGAUCUGCUGAAAGCGCUCUACAACUCAAUCAAGAACCAGAAGCUGCAUUGGACACUCGACGAGGAGGAGCUGCGGAAGUCAUUCUCGGAGCUGGGGGACAGCCUGUGUGACUCCAGCGCCUCCCGGGCGCUGAAGGGCGGCGGCGGCGGCGGUGGGAAGCCGCUGGCGGACAAGAUGCAGCCGACCGGGUCGCUGCUCUACAAGAACGGGUUCCUGGUCCGGAAGGUCCAUGCAGACCCGGACGGCAAGAGAACUCCACGAGGGAAGAGAGGCUGGAAGACGUUCUACGUCAUCCUCAAAGGGCUCAUCCUCUACCUGCAGAAGGGCGAGUACCGGGCGGACAAGCAGCUGUCGGAGGAGGACCUGAAGAACGCCGUGUCCGUGCACCACUCUCUGGCCAUGAAGGCCUCGGACUACAGCAAGAGGCCCCACGUCUUCUACCUGCGCACCGCCGACUGGAGGGUGUACCUGUUCCAGGCGCCGAACGCGGAGCAGAUGCAGUCGUGGAUCACGAGGAUCAACACGGUGGCCGCCAUGUUCUCGGCUCCUCCUUUCCCAGCAGCCAUCGGCUCGCAGAAGAAGUUCAGCCGGCCGCUGCUGCCGGGGUCGGCGUCGAAGCUGACGGAGGAGGAGCAGAUCCGGUCCCACGAGGCCCGGUUCAGGGUUCUGUCCACCGAGCUGGCCGAGCUGCGCUCCUACCCCCCCGACCGCAAGGUCAAAGGUCGCGAGCUGGAAGAGUACCGGCAGCGAGACGAGUAUCUGGAGUUUGAGAAAACCCGCUACGGGACGUACGUCAUGCUGCUGCGAGCGAAGAUCCGGAGCGGCGAGGAGGACUUGUCCGUGUUCGAGUCCCAGCUGCAGGAGGACAGCCGGCUGCAGCGGGCGCCGUCCAGCCCCACGCUGGACAGCAGCCAGGCCAGCAGCGCCAGGGGCGGAGCCACCAGCAGCAAGGCCAGCGGCUGCAGCAGCAAGCCGCAGCCCGACGGCCAGAGACACAGCUACCGCCAGGCCGUGAAGAAGUGAGGUUCAUUUGAGAUCCAGGAGGUUCGGAGCUCAGCUUGAAGGGAGCAGGGGUGAUGGGGGGGGUCUGCUCCACGCCUCCCUCAGCCACCCCACCUCCUCCUCGGGGAGGAGGCCCUGUGGCAGGAGGAGCUCCGCGUCAGGAGGUCAGGAGGUCAGGAGGUGAUGUGGAGACGCGGCGAACCGAACCGAGACGAAGAGACGCUCAACGCGCAGGGACGAAAACAUCCGGCUUCCCUUCUUCUUCUUCUUCUUCUUCUUCUUCUUUCUGUUGUUUUUGACCUUUUCGGGGACCAAACCGUGUUGCAGCUUCUCGUUGUGACCCUCAGACUCUUUCUCAUCUUCCUCAUCUUCCUCAUUUCUUGACAUCUUUUCGCUCAUAUUUUAUUGAAGCUGCGACGCGGUGAUGAAGGUUGGAGGCGUCAGCAAGACUUCAGAGACGUUGGCUCCUCCUUCUUCUUCUUCUUCUUCUUCUUCUCCUCCUCCUACUCCUCAUCUUCCCCUUCCUCUUCUUCUUCCUCCUCCGCCCCCCCUCCUCCUCCUCCUCCUCCUCCUCUAUGUGCUGUUCUCCUGGCCGUGUUGUGCUCCUCUGUGUUCCUCCUCUUCUCUGCAUGGCUUCUUUUUAGGCCGUUUACUAUUUUUAAGGUCCGAGCCUCAGGAGCAGAGCGUGUUCUCCUCCUCCUCCGGUCAUGGAGUCCUCUCUUUGGGUUUCUUCUCCUCCUUCACGCCCCACCUGUGUACCUUCCUCUCGUUUACCUGUCAGCGCUCACCAGGCAGACCCUGAAUGUUUUGGUUUUUAAAUAUUUUUAUGGUAUUUUACAAUCGUUGUUGAUGUUGAACCUUUUUCCUCCGUUAGUGUGUAAAAGAGAAUAUGCUCCGUGUGUUAUAUACACAUAUAUAUACAUAUAUACACUACCGUUCAAAAGUUUGGGGUCACUAAGAAAUGUCUUUACUUUUCAAAGAAAAGCACUGUUUUUUCAAUAAAGAUAACAUUAAUCAAAAAUACACACGAUACAUUGUUAAUGUGGUAAAUGACUAUUCUAGGUGGAAACGUCUGGUUUCUAAUGAAAUAUCUCCAGAGGUGUAUAGAGGCCCAUUUCCAUCAACUAUCACUCCAGUGUUCUAAUGGUACAUUGUGUUUGCUAAUCGCCUUAGAAGACUAAUGUCUGAUUAGAAAACCCUUGUGCAAUUAUGUUAGCACAGCUGAAAACAGUUAUGCUGGUGAUAUAAGCUAUACAACUGGCCUUCCUUUGAGCUUGAAGUUUGAAGAACAAAAUUAAUACUUCAAAUAUUAAUCAUUAUUUCUAACCUUGUCAAUGUCUUGACUAUAUGUUCUAUGAAAUGUUCAAUUCAUUUGAUGAAUAAAAGUGAGUUUUCAUGGAAGACACGAAAUUGUCUGGAUGACCCCAAACUUUUGAACGGUAGUGUAUGUACAUAU